AGCGAACACAUUUCGCAAAAAAUUUGUGUCAAUUUGAAGAUAUAUUAUUAGUGGUUUUUUGGCUUUUGAAAAUCAAUUUUACCUUUUGUCGCAAUUAUUGCGUAGCAGGAUGAAGGUUGGGCAAUCAUCGGAGAUUUUAGGAUCCAUACAGAAAAGGGUCUUGCUGACGAAGCCAAUGGAAAGAUGUCAACCUUAUUCAAUUCAUGCGCCACAGAAACGAUGGGGAUCGUCUACUCAUACUAACAGUGCUGGAGGCAUUAUUGCAACCAAAAAUGAAACAAUACCAUUGAGCAAGGAAUCAUCAACUAGAGUUUCAAGUCAGAUAAAGACAGUUGUCUCUCUGUUUGUGGAACUAGUCAAAACAAGCACGCCAUCUUUUGAAUUUUCCUUAUCAAACUUGGCUAAGAGGCCACCCUUUCCGAACCUACAAACUGACAAAUCCAAAGACAGUGUUACAAAUGCUAACACAAAGAUGGAACAAAAAGAUGGAUCAGAGUAUAAAAGUGGUAUCCCGUCAUACUUCGAUAUUCUUGGAAGAAAAAAGGAAGAAAAGACAGUUGGUGCCAUACCUCAAUGGAAAAUUAAAAGGAAAACAGUAAGCCAAGAGAGCAUAGAUGCCCGGACAAAGCAUGUGGUUUCAGCAGUAGCAAAAGCAGUAACUAAAUCUAGUUUGUUAGUACGCCUUGAAGAUUUUUGCCGUCACAUGUUCGAAUACCCUCAAGCAAAGAGUUUGGCCUCACGGGAGGGCGCAGUUUCAAUUUUGUUACGCUUGAAGCAUAGCAUUCCUCGCGACGAACUUGUCCACCGUCAAAUCCGCGAAGGUUUGGCCCUAGUUGGUUACGCUGAUCCUUUACCAGCUAGAGGUAUUCGCAUCCUGUCGAUUGAUGGGGGAGGAACCAGAGGCUUGCUAGCACUUAGAAUCCUUCGCCAUCUGGAAGAAAUUGGAGGUCGACCGAUAUACGAGAGUUUCGACUAUAUUUGUGGCGUGAGCACCGGUGCUAUUCUUGCCUUACUUAUUGGUGCUUCCAAAAAGAACGUUGUGGAUGUGGAAGCCAUGUACCGUCAAAUAAGCAGCGAAGUUUUCAAACAAGAUCGCUCUUCGGGACUAGGCGGACUACUGUGGAGCCAUGCUUACUAUGAUACUGACAAAUGGGAGAAAAUUUUGAAAAAUAAAAUAGGAGAGACUGUAAUGAUACGAACUGCCCGUGAGCCCAACUGCCUUAAAGUGUCGGCUAUUUCAAGCAUUGUUAGUCAGGAAAUGCUCCGGCCUUUCGUAUUUCGCAACUAUACCUUACCUUUCCGCGUCCAGUCGCUCUACAGUGGAACCUUCCGCCACAAAAUGUGGGAAGCAGUGAGAGCUUCAUCGGCUGCGCCGGGAUACUUCGGGGAAUUCAAACUGGAAGAAAAUAUCCACCAAGACGGAGGAUUGUUCGUCAAUAAUCCGUGCGCUGUGGCCAUACACGAGGCCAAAUGUAUCUGGCCGAAUGCCAAACUAUUAAGUGUAGUGUCAAUUGGCACCGGACGAUGUCAGCCCUUGAAUAUAGCAGCGCCCGGUGGGAAUGCCAUUGAUCCAAGUACUACAACUUUAAAACAGAAGCUGAGUAAGGUGAUCGAUUCGGCUACUGAUACAGAGCGCGUACAUACAAUCCUUCACGACCUUUUGCCACCGAAAGUGUACUAUCGCUUCAAUCCAUACUUGAGCGAAAUCCAUGGUCUAGAUGAGACGGAUCCAGCACGGUGGGACAAAAUGCUCGAGGAUGUGGACAUGUACAUCAGGAAGAAUCAUAGCAAUAUGAAUCAAGCUGCCAGUACGCUACAAGUACCCCGAAGUGCCUACCAAUGUGCGAAAGACUGGAUGGUUGAAAAGCGGUUUUUGCUCCAGAAUAUGGCGAGUUUCUAGUCCCUCAACAGGCUUGGUCGAUUGUGAUCUUCUGAACUAGGACAAAAUUGACGUUCAAAGUAUUUCAGUGAUUUUAACAAUGAGACACCGAUCGAAGGUUGUAAAAUUUCGUAAAAAUCAACUAGUGUAAUGAUGUUACUGUGAAAACAUACAGUUGCGUUUUCCUGUAUGACAAAAUAUUGUAAAUA